GACAAGCAAGUGCUGCUGUCGCUCAAUUUCCUGGCCUACGAGAUGUGCUUGCGAACCACCUGCCGCCUCCACCACCGCCGAACGUCCCGUCCGAUGCGCAGCUGGACGCAGCGGUGGCUGGAGAGCGGACUGCCUUGGCGAAGGGCGUGGAGGAGGCUGCCAAGGCUGAGCGCUUGGCCUGGCAGAGUCGCUCUGAGCGUCAGGAGGCUUUGCUCAAGGCCCGUGAGAAGGUCAAGCAGGCCGAGGCUGCCUUUGCCGAAGCCUCAUCGCACCUUGAGGAAGCCCAGUCCGCCCACACCGUCGCCAAGGAAAAGAAGGACAGGUUUGACGAGGCCGCUUUCAAGAAGCAGAAGAUGGAGGCGCUCAUGGCGUUUCUGGAGCAGGCCAUGCACCUGAAGAUGCCCGUGAAGUACUUGGUAAACUACAUACCCUGGGAGAUGAUGACCUUCGGAAGCUCGCCGACAGUACCAAGGCUGGCGCUGACGAGGGUGCAGAUGCUGCUAUGGACGGUGCGAGUGGCGAGAAUGGUGGUGAACAUAAGGCUGUUCCUGUCGAUGCUGAUGACGAUCUUCUUGGUGAGGCUGAUCGGCAGGAGCUUUCUGAGCUUCGCAAGCGUUCUGCGGAGCAAUGUAAGCCUGAG